GCAAAGCAGAAAUAAAGAAGAAGAGAAGAGGCAGAAACGCACACAAACGCGGCGUUUCUCUGCAUAAAUACGCACUAUAUUAUUAAGUUAAGUUGUAUUCCAUUAUAUUAUGGCCGAAUUUCUGGACUCAGAGGCCGAGGAAUCAGAGGAGGAGGAAGAAUUGGACGUGAACGAGCGCAAGAAGCUCAAGAAAUUAAAGGCGGCCGUCUCCGAUAGUAGCGAAGAAGAAGAAGAUGACGAGGAACGACUGCGCGAAGAGCUCAAAGAUCUGAUCGACGACAAUCCCAUCGAGGAGGACGAUGGCAGCGGUGACGACUCAGAUACCGGGAGCGGUGGCGACACCGAAGGCGGCGGCAGCGGUAAAAAGCGCAAAAAGCACGAGGACGACGAUCUGGACGAUCGACUGGAGGACGACGACUAUGAUCUAAUCGAGGAGAAUCUGGGCGUCAAAGUCGAGAGACGGAAGCGGUUUAAGCGUCUGCGUCGCAUCCACGACAACGAAAGCGAUGGCGAGGAGCAGCACGUGGACGAGGGUCUGGCCCGGGAGCAGAUUGCCGAGCAGUUGUUCGACGAGAACGAUGAGAGCAUUGAGCAUCGCAGCGAGCGCAGUCCCAGGGAGGCGGACGCCUUCGACGAGGAGGACUCGGAGUCGGACGCGGAUGACUUCAUUGUGGACGAUAAUGGGCGUCCCAUAGCCGAGAAGAAAAAGAAGCGGCGUCCGAUCUUUACAGACGCAUCACUCCAAGAGGGUCAGGACAUCUUUGGCGUGGACUUCGACUAUGACGACUUCUCAAAAUACGAGGAGGACGAGUACGAGGAUGAUUCCGAAGGAGAUGAGUACGAUGAGGAGCUGGGCGCCGGCGAUGAUAUGCGCGUCAAGAAGAAGAAGGCGCUCAAAAAGAAGGUUGCCAAAAAGACAAUCUUCGACAUAUACGAGCCCAGCGAGCUCAAGCGUGGCCAUUUCACCGACAUGGACAACGAGAUUCGCAAGACAGACAUCCCAGAACGCAUGCAACUGCGCCAGGUGCCCGUGACCCCGGUGCCCGAGGGUUCACACGAGCUGGACCUCGAGGCUGACUGGAUCUACAAGUAUGCGUUCUGCAAGCAGACCGUUUCCGAGCAGGAGAAGCCGGAGAACCGCGAGAAGCUGCGCAAACCACCGACGGCCGUAAACAAGAUAAAGCAGACGCUGGAAUUUAUACGCAACCAGCAGUUGGAGGUGCCCUUCAUAGCCUUCUAUCGCAAGGAGUACGUCAAGCCAGAGCUGAACAUUGACGAUCUGUGGAAGGUUUACUACUAUGAUGAGCGCUGGUGUCAGCUAAACGAAAGAAAGCGCAAGCUAAAGGUGCUUUUCGAGAAAAUGCGUCAGUUCCAGCUGGACACGCUAUGCGCUGACCCCGAUAAACCCAUACCGGACGAUGUGCGCCUCAUGCUGGACAGCGAUUUUGAGCGCCUUGCCGACGUGCAGUCUAUGGAAGAGCUGAAGGACGUGCACAUGUACUUUCUGCUCAACUACUCGCACGAGCUGCCGCGCAUGCAAGCAGAGCAACGACGCAAGGUGAUUCAGGAGCGUCGCGAGGCCAAGGCGCGUCGCCAGGCGGCCGCCGCCGAGAACGGUGACGAUACGGCGGAGGGCGCAACGAUAGUUGUCCCAGAACCGGAGGACGAUGACGAUCCGGAGCUGAUCGAUGACCAGCUGAAGCAGGCGCCCAACAGCAGUCCCUAUGCGGUGUUCCGCAAGGCGGGCAUCUGCGGCUUUGCCAAGCACUUUGGUCUGACGCCAGAGCAGUUUGCCGAAAACCUGCGCGACAAUUACCAGCGUAAUGAGAUCACCCAGGAAAGUCUCGGCCCCACUGAGCUGGCCAAGCAAUAUCUGUCACCGCGCUUCAUGACCACGGAUGAGGUUAUCCAUGCCGCAAAAUAUGUGGUGGCCCGCCAGCUGGCACAGGAGCCACUGCUCCGCAAGACCAUGCGUGAGGUGUACUUCGACAGAGCUCGGCUUAACAUACGGCCCACCAAGAAUGGCAUGGUGCUAAUCGACGAGAAUUCGCCCGUGUACUCGAUGAAGUACGUGGCCAAGAAGCCGGUGGGUGAUCUAUUUGGCGAUCAAUUCAUAAAGCUGAUGAUGGCCGAGGAGGAGAAACUGCUGGAGAUUACGUUCCUCGAGGAGUUCGAGGGCAAUGCAAAUGCCAACGGACCACCCGGCGACUAUGUGGAAGAGUCCAAGGCCCUGUACCACCUGGAUCAGUUCUCCAAGCACGUGCAGGAGUGGAAUAAGCUGCGGGCGGAGUGCGUUAAGCUGGCGCUGCAGAAGUGGGUUAUUCCGGAUCUUAUCAAGGAGCUGCGCUCCACCCUGCACGAGGAGGCUCAACAAUUUGUGCUGCGCUCCUGCACGGGCAAGCUGUACAAGUGGCUAAAGGUGGCACCCUAUAAGCCGGAACUGCCCACCGACUACGGCUACGAGGACUGGAGCACACUGCGGGGCAUACGGGUGCUGGGUCUGGCCUACGAUCCCGAUCAGUCAGUGGCCGCCUUCUGUGCGGUGACAACCGUGGAGGGCGACAUCUCCGACUACCUGCGACUGCCGAACAUUCUGAGGCGCAAGAAUUCGCACAACGCCGAGGAGAAGGCCCAGAAACUGGCCGACCUUCGGAAGCUGAGUGACUUUAUCAAAAUGAAGAAGCCACACAUUGUUGUCAUUGGAGCGGAAUCGCGUGACGCCCAGAACAUCCAGGCAGACAUCAAGGAGAUUCUGCAAGAGCUUGAGACCUCCGAACAGUUUCCGCCCAUCGAGGUGGAGAUAAUCGACAACGAGCUGGCCAAGAUCUAUGCCAACUCAAAGAAGGGCGAAUCGGACUUCAAGGAGUAUCCUGCCCUGCUAAAGCAGGCUGCUUCGCUGGCCCGCAAGAUGCAGGAUCCUCUAGUGGAGUAUUCGCAGCUGUGUGAUGCGGACGACGAGAUCCUCUGCCUGCGCUACCAUCCGCUGCAGGAGCGUGUGCCGCGCGAACAGCUGCUGGAGCAGCUCAGCCUCCAGUUUAUCAAUCGAACGAGCGAGGUGGGCCUGGACAUCAACCUGAUGGUGCAGAACUCACGGACCGUCAACCUGCUGCAGUACACCUGCGGCUUGGGUCCACGUAAGGGUCAGGCUCUACUCAAACUGCUGAAGCAGAGCAACCAACGGUUGGAGAACCGCACCCAGCUGGUCACCGUGUGUCAUCUGGGUCCCAAGGUCUUCAUCAACUGCAGCGGUUUUAUUAAGAUCGAUACCUCAUCCCUGGGCGACAGCACGGAGGCGUAUGUCGAGGUGCUGGACGGGUCGCGUGUGCAUCCAGAAACGUACGAAUGGGCCAGGAAGAUGGCCAUCGAUGCCAUGGAGUACGACGACGAGGAGACCAAUCCGGCCGGUGCUCUUGAAGAAAUUCUCGAAUCGCCCGAGCGCCUCAAGGAUCUCGAUCUGGACGCAUUCGCCGUGGAGCUGGAGCGCCAGGGAUUCGGCAGCAAGAGCAUAACCUUGUACGACAUACGCAACGAGUUGAGCUGCCUGUACAAGGACUACCGCACUCCGUACACCAAGCCCAGUUCGGAGGAGCUCUUUGACAUGCUGACCAAGGAGACGCCCGACUCGUUUUACGUGGGCAAGUGCGUCACGGCCAUGGUUACCGGGUUCACCUACCGUCGGCCGCAGGGCGAGCAGCUGGACAACGCGAAUCCGGUGCGCAUAGAGUCCAGCGACAGUUGGCAGUGCCCCUUCUGCCACAAGGACGACUUCCCAGAGCUUUCCGAGGUGUGGAAUCACUUUGACGCGAACGCCUGUCCUGGUCAAGCAUCGGGCGUUCGUGUGCGUCUGGAAAACGGCUUGCCGGGCUUCAUACACAUCAAGAACUUGUCCGAUAAGCAGGUGCGCAAUCCCGAGGAGCGUGUGCGCGUCUCCCAGAUGAUUCAUGUGCGCAUCAUUAAGAUAGACAUUGAUCGAUUCUCAGUCGACUGCUCAUCCAAGACCGCUGAUCUAAAGGACGUAAACAAUGAGUGGCGGCCGCGGCGCGACAACUACUAUGAUUUUGUGACCGAAGAGCAGGACAAUCGGAAAGCGAGCGAUGCCAAGGCGAAGGCCAUGAAGCGCAAGACCUACGCCCGCCGCGUUAUCGCCCAUCCCAGCUUCUUCAACAAGUCGUACGCGGAGGUGGUAGCCAUGCUGGCGGAGGCCGAUCAGGGCGAGGUGGCCCUGCGUCCGAGCAGCAAGUCCAAGGAUCACCUGACAGCCACCUGGAAGGUGUCCGACGACAUCUUCCAGCACAUCGAUGUGCGCGAGGAGGGUAAGGAGAACGAUUACAGCCUGGGCAGGAGUCUAUGGAUCGGCACCGAGGAGUUCGAGGAUCUGGACGAAAUCAUCGCCCGUCACAUCACGCCGAUGGCCUUGGCUGCCCGCGAACUGAUACAGUACAAGUACUACAAGCCGAUCACGGUGACCGGCGAUGAAAAUGAGCGGGAUGUAAUGGACAAGGUGCUACGCGACGAGAAGUCAAAGGAUCCGAAAAAGAUACACUAUUUCUUCACGGCCUCCCGCUCCAUGCCCGGCAAAUUCCUGCUGUCCUAUCUACCCAAGACGAAGGUGCGCCACGAGUAUGUGACGGUGAUGCCGGAGGGCUAUCGUUUCCGUGGCCAGAUUUUCGAUUCGGUCAACAGUCUGCUGCGCUGGUUCAAGGAGCACUGGCUGGAUCCAACGGCCACGCCGGCCAGCGCCUCCAUGGUAUCCAAUUCAACGCCACUGCACUCGAUGCGUCCGCCACCGGCGAUCUCGUCGUCAUCCCUGACAUCCUUGGGCUCUCAGGCGGCGUACAGCACUGGCAGCGUGUCUGGUGGAACGCCGCGCAGUGGCAUCAGCAGUUCCGCUGGCGGUGGCGGUGGCAGUUCCAGCGCCUACUCCAUCACGCAAUCCAUGGUUGGCUACGGCGCGGCGAGCAAUUCUGGCCCGGCGGCUGGAAUGGGCGCCUCGCACUACGGCAGCUCAUCGACGCCGUCGUUCGGUGCCAUCAAUACGCCAUAUACGCCCAGUGGCCAGACUCCGUUCAUGACGCCCUACACACCGCAUGCCUCACAGACGCCGCGCUACGGCCACAAUGUGCCGAGUCCUAGCUCGCAAUCCUCGAGCAGUCAGAGGCACCACUACGGCAGCAGUUCCGGAACGGGCAGCACACCCAGAUACUAUGAUAUGGGCGGAGGUGGAGGCGGUGGCGGUGGUUCCAAUGCCUACAACAUGGGCGGUGGCAGCAUGCCGCCCCAUCACCAGCAACGUGCCAAAGAGAACCUCGACUGGCAGCUGGCCAACGAUGCCUGGGCAAGGCGCAGACCGCCGCCGCAGCAGCAGCACCAGUCGCAUCAAUCGCAUCAUGCCCAGCAGCAGCACCAUCAUUCGCAGCAGCAACAGCAGAUGGGAAUGGGCAUGAGCAUGAACAUGGGCAUUGGAAUGGGGCAUGGGGCCAGCGGCGGCGGAGGAGGCGGUGGUGGUGGCUAUGGAUCGACGCCCGUCAAUGACUACAGCAGCGGAGGCGGACACAAUCGGGGAAUGGGCUUGAACCAGGGCCACGGAGCAGGCGCCUCCAUGUCCUCGAAGGCAUCCGUGCGCAGCACGCCGCGCACCAACACCUCGCCGCACUCCAUGAAUCUGGGCGAUGCCACGCCCCUCUACGACGAGAACUAGGGCGAACUGAACGCAGAACUAAACCACCACAAACUGCAAAGGAACACUAUGCACACACCAUAUACCCUAUACACUAAUCGGGGAAUACACUAAACACUAAAAUACAAAAACGAGAACAGAACAGAACAGAACAGAACAACCGAACGGAACGGAACAGAACAGUCUACAAUAAUAUAAAAAUCAUGCACGCGCAGCUGGCGGAGAAGCAGGUGCACUAAUCUUAGUAAUUUGGAGUGCGAUUCCGCAUUGAUCCUCAACGAUAUUUACGUUUAAGUCAAGUCCAUAACUGAUUCGCGGUUCACACAUAUAUCUAUGUAUAAUCGAAAAUUGAAGGGCGCCUGCCGUUGGUGUCGUUGGAGUAGAGUGGAGUGGAUUCAUCAUCCGGAGAAGAAGGCGGCGGAGAACGGCUGGGCAGGAGCUGGAGGAGUUGAGACGCUCGGGGGCGGGGAGCAAUCAGGUUUGUGACGACGGAAGGACGAAAAAUAAAUUUCAAGUUUUUCUGACCAGAAA